GGCGCGGACCAAUGCAGGCUCUAAAGGACGUUCUAGAAGGCGGAUCGCCCACUGUCGCUUGGUCCGUUGUUCAGGCCGCUAUCUCAGAGCAGGAGGAGCUGCAGCGACGGCGGGAAAUUGCUGCGCGUGGAGACGCGGCGGACGCGCGCUCUUCGCCGCCGUCUCCACCGUGCGAGCUCGGGUCUCAUGCUGGACAGCUGCAGGGAGACCCGCCGCGAGUCCUGCUUGACAGCGCGUCCCUCUGGAGACAGUUUUUCUCCGCCACGAACGAAAUGAUCGUGACAAAAGCUGGAAGGCGAAUGUUUCCAGUUUUGAAGCUGCACGUUUCUCGGCUGGAGAUGACGGCAAUGUACGCCGUGGUCAUGGAGUUUCGAUGCACUCAUCAGCACCGUUGGAGGUUUUUGAAUGGAAACUGGCAAAAGGGGAGCACAUGCGAGGACAAUGCGGACCUGCGUCACGUGUUCGUGCACUUCGCGUCGGUGGCGCCCGGAUCGCAGUGGAUGCAAGAGCCCGUCUCUUUCGCCAAACUCAAACUCUCUAACAGAGAAAACGGAACUUCAAAGAUCAAGCUCAACUCGCUGCACAAGUACCAGCCAUACAUUCACGUGAUCAAGAUAGCUUCAAAUGGCAAACAACAGCCGGUGGAGAUCACCACAUUCACGUUUCCAGAGACUCAGUUCAUUGCUGUUACUGCCUACCAGAAUGACAAGGCAAGUAUACAUACAAUGUCAUGGUAAUUUCAUGAAGAACACAGAUUGCUGGGCAAAGUUCAGCGAUAAAAACUUGUUCUUGGUUCUUCAGGUGACGCAGAUGAAGAUCAAGAACAAUCCUUUUGCCAAGGCCUUUCUCGGCGGCAAUGCCUCUGAAAGGGCACACAGUGGAUCUUACAUUCAACCACUGCAGAUGGUAGCCAGACUCCACUCAACCCUUCUGCCUCCCCUGCCCCAUCCUUCUCCCCCUCCCUACUCUGCCCCCUUCCCAGGGCCCCCUCCUCUCCAGUCUUUCGCCCCCCAGCACCAGGGGGCCAAUUAUUCCCUCUCCCCCCACAUUCAACAGCAGAUGACCCCUCCUGUGAUACCAAGUGACCAGUUUGUCUAUGACUACAAUGGACCAAUUGAAGUGUAUGACGAAGUCCCCACGGUAAUGAGCUGUUAUCAACCACAGACCAAUUAUCUCUAUGACUACGGCACGACAACCGACUAUUCCCCUGACUACCUCGCAAAGCCCCUCCUCGUUUUCUCUCACGACGACGAUCCUGGCCACACCCCUCUGCCGACCACACCCUCUACCGCCUCGUCCACUUCUCAGUCUCCGCCCGCACUCGAGGAUCAGCAAUGUUUCUACCAACCCUUCCAUCAGAGUAUUUGAAGAAACCGUUUUGUACAUUCUAGACCCUAAAAAUUAUAGUCAAAAUCAUUUUUAACAACCUGCAAACUGCAUGUAAUCAAUCUUUUUAUAAGAGUGUGAUUUUCAAAAGUUAUAUACUUGCUCCCAUUUUUUACGCAGCAUCACGUAUCAUCACAUUU